ACGAGCUCCAAGCCUCAGAGCUAGAGCGGUCAGCUCUAAUUAUCAGGUGUUUUGAGCAGUUCCUGUCCCGACUGCACAGCAACAGGCCUCUCCAUCUGAAGUGCAGCCAGAGAAGGAGAAGAAGAACUCUUGUGGCUCUGUCAAGCGUGGAGGCCAGAGAGAGGGGGAGAGAAACAUGGACACGUGCGCCUGCGCUUUGGAGCUGCUGGGGAUGCUGGUCUACGUUGGAGCAUGGCUGUGCGCUUUAACCACCACUAUCUUACCGCAGUGGCUGACCAUGAGCACUGCGCUGCUGCCUGUGGAGAGCUACGAGCUGGGCCUGUGGGAGACCUGCGUGGUCCAGGACGUUGGAGGGAUGGAGUGUAGGGCUUAUGACAGCCUGCUGGGCCUUUCCACAGACCUCAAGCUGGCCCGCAUCCUCAUGUGUGCUGCCCUCGCUGUGGGCAUGCUGGGAAUUCUCGUGGGAAUACCUGGACUUGACUUGGUCCACAGCUGUAAAGAGGACAGCGGUCAACAAACCAAGAGGAUUUUAAUCAUCACGGGAGGGGUGCUCGGGAUGGUUUCUGGGGUUCUGUGUCUGAUUCCCGUGUCCUAUAUGGCACAUAUAGCAGUGAUGCAUUUCUUUGAUGACAAAGUGCCUGACGUGGUGCCUCGGUGGGAGUUUGGAGACGCUUUGUACUGCGGCUGGGCAGCAGGAUUUCUCCUCAUAGUUGCCGGCUUGAUCUUGAUCACCUCCUCCUCGUGCUCUCAGGUGGAGCCUCAGCCUGUGCUGCAGCGGCGGUACCAGGUGAUGGGCACAGGUGUAAAUUACAGGAAGCGCACAGAGUACGUUUAACAGAUGAUUUACCUGUGUAGAGACUGAAAUCACAACACAAUCACCUGUAGAUCUGCACGUCGGACCGCUUUACAGCAAUGAUGUAAACCACCGAGACAACAUACGAUGGUGACAUUUACACCUUGUUUCAGCCCUUUUACAUGACUCACCUGCACAAUCAGACAUUAUAAGACGAUCUGCUGUGAUCAGUAAGAAUAAAUCUAUUUUAUAAAGAAAUGUUUUAUAAAAGGUCUUUUUAUCCAUUACUCUGGAGUGGUUUCAGAAUUUUUCUCUAACAGGAAAAAUAUAAUUUCAAGCCUGUUUAGCAGGACUCUUGAGCUUUUUAAAUGCUGUAAUUGUCAAUUAUUCUUAGUCUGUAAACAUACAGAAUAACUCUUAAAGCACAAACUAUUCUUGAGUUGCACACUGAGAUGAUUCACAUAAAG